GGGAACGUCACGGCGGCAACUUUCAACGACAAGACGGCGGAGCGGCCGCGGGCCGGGCCUGGGCCUGGCUCAGGAAUCAUUGCCGCUGGCUCACCUCCGCGCUUCUUGGAGAGCGACAGGACAAUGGCUUGUAGUAUCCAGAAGUUGUUUUCUGUUGGAGAAGAGUUUGACGAUGAUGACGAUGAUGAUUUGUUAUCAGCAGCAUUGGAUGCUGAAAGCACCGCCAUCAGCACAUCUGGAACUAUGCCUAGUGUUGGGUUAAGGCCCAUUACUGCAGCCCUUCGAACACCAACUAAUUCAUGUUAUGAACCUGAAAACCUGUUAUGCAGCACUGAAGCUCAGAGGUAUUCUCAAUCUGAACCCGAUUCUGUCUCCAUUAAUAUAACCAGCGAUGAAAAUCAUACACCGAAAACAUUAACAGCAUCCUUUGGCGUCUCUUUGAAAUCACCACCGUGGCUAAAGAUGCAGAAUUCAGCCCCUACUUUCAAUUUUUGUAGAAACGCCUUGCAAAAUACCUCCUUAAAAUUAAUCACGGACGUAGGAAAAGAAGAUGAUGACUUGUUCUGGCCUGGUUCUGAAAAGUUGAGUGAAGCUGGGAAUAUACAUAUUUCCAAAUUGGCCAAGACCAGGACAUCAACCUCUUAUGAAACACGUCCUUCAACUCCUGAAGAUGAGUCUUCAAUAUAUUCAGGAAGUGAUCAUGCUUUACCACCAGCCAAAAUUCCACGGUUGCCAGGAGGGCUUUCAGAAGCUGAUAAUGGCAGGAGUAGAAUUUCCAAAAAUGGUCAAGAAAAGUUUGUAAUGAAUAAUUUUGAGGAUGUAAGCGAAACGUACAAGUGCCUUAAUCGUCCAUCCUCUAGAUUCAACCAGUUUCCAAUUAGUUUAACCAAUGUCAUGACUGAUGUUGUUGCAAUGAAAGGUACCAACUCUUUCUCUGGUCAGAUAAGUGAUAAUCAUUGUUACACAGGUGAACAACCUAGAUCCGAUUCCAAAUUAUGUAGUCCUAUUCCAUUGAGCAUAAUCACAACAAAACAAUUAUCAACACCAAUACCACAAAAUCGUUUCGGAAAACAUGUAACAGGUAAUACCAUUAGUCCAGGUAAAAUUGUCGCCCCAAGUUUGAAGAAGUUUGCAGAACAUCAGAAAAUGAGCUCUACUGCCUUGAGAAACUGUCCAAAUUCAACACUGUUGAGCCCAAGGACUCCUCUCAAUAAUACUUUAACCUCCGUACUUUCAAAUGGAUGCCUCAGAAGACCAAUUACAUCCACAAGUGAAUCUCGAGCACUGUUGUGCACUAUAGACAGACCUUCAGUUACUGUGGGAGCUCAGUACUCACCAGCAGCAAAUUCAAGUUGUGUGGGAACUCCAGUAACCAAUCACCUAAUACAGUUGGUAUCGGCUGCUAAUCGGACACCAGAAAUACAAAAGGCGGACAGACCCCGGGCAAAAAGACGUUUUCCUGGACCUGCUGGCAUCCUUCCACAACAGCAUCAUGGUAAAAACCUGGAUGAAGUCAUGAUUUCUGCCCCACCCACACCAACGCAUGGAGCAAUUCCAAAACUACACCCUGAGGAAGAUCUGAGUUCUCAACAAUCUGUUGAAGAUGACUUUGGGAGAGGCCCAUGGGCUACCAUGAAGGAAGAUUUGAGGUUGGAUGAAGGAGACAUUCGCUGCUUCCUUCGAAAUUAUAGUAUUGUCAUGGUUCUUCGAAAGGCGGCCUUAAAACAGCUCCCUAAAGGCAAGGUUCCCCACAUGGCUGUGCUUGUGAAGUCACUGACUCGAACGAACACAGAUGCCAGCGCUGUUUUUAAAGAUCCAUCAGGUGAGAUGCAAGGUACCAUUCACAGACAACUUCUGGUUGAGGAUCCGAAUGAUUUAAAAGUUGGAACGGUUCUCCUCCUGAAGCAGGUUGGUGUAUUUUCUCCAUCACUUCGAAAUCAUUAUUUGAAUAUAACACCAAGUAAUGUGAUUAAAAUAUAUCCGCAAGGUGCCACGGAAUACAUUCAUAGUCAACUGGCCCAGAGCUCCCAGAACUCCAUUGGACUUCUACAGAUAUCUACCGUUGACUUGCUAGAAUCAAGAUGUGGCAAUUCUUUAACGACAGAAAAAAUCCCCUGCACAGCCUCUACAUCUUUGGACUGUCAGACACCUACCAGGACAAGAAUGGGAAUCAUAGAAGCAUCUGGAUGUGAAAGCACAGCAUCACAGGGACAAUGUCAAGAAGAAUGGGAAACAGAUGAUUUUGAUUGCUUGAUGGCUGAAUUGCCAGAGGAAUUCUUCUCCCUAUAGAACAUCCUGUGUAGUAUAGGAUUUCAUCUUGGGAAGCUGCUUAUUUAUUUAUUUUGCCUCUGCUCAAGCUGAUAAUUGUGUUUAAAAUAUUCAUUGGAUUUUGGAUUAACAUGAGAUCAUCCAGUAUUGCUUCAAAUAAGACUUGAAAUUAUGGUCAUUAAGGAGACGUUCUCUGUUAGAAUGUGAAUCAGCCUCUAAUGUGGGGCUCUUUUUGCACGGAUGUACCGAAGCAGCCUUUGUACCUUAUUUAAAUAAUUAUUUUUGUCCAUUUAAAAUUAACUGGAAUGCUAAUUUGUAAUCGUUCAAAUUUGGAUGUUUUGUUAAACCUUGCUGUACAUCAAUAUUGCUGAUAUUUGAAGAUUAUUAAAAUAUGGUUUUGUGUUGAUGUUACAUUGUCAGAAGAACAGUCUCUCUUUAGAAGCCUGUAUCAGACAAAAGCUCUGUAUCACAGAAGAUGAAAACUAAUUGAUCCCAUGGCAAGUUGUGCUGUUAAGUACCUCUCCCUGCUGUCUCCUACUUCCAUAAUUUUCAAUGUCCAAAAGGAACUUUAUAAUGAGCUUGUGAGCCAUUUUGUUUUCAUUGAGCCAUUUGCUUUUGGUGGACUGAAACUUUUCUAAUUGAAGUGUUCUUUGCAGAGUUCCGUUGAGGGCCAUUCUCAGCCCUCUUACUGGUGCUUGGGUUACUCUAUACGUAUUAGAUCAUCACAGGCGUGUAAUCAGGCCGAGUCCUCUGAACUUCGAUUUGCAUUGGUUUCCCACAGCAACUUGUGAUAUUCAUAGUUCUAUUUGUUUCCAGAUUGUGAAAUCACUUUGGGGAUUUGUGUUCAGUGGUGUUGCACAAGUACAAAAGUAUUUGUAAUGCUUUACAAAUCAACAUUAAAGGCAACAGCACUGGCUAGUGGUUAUAAUGUGCAUCGUUCCAGCUUCCAGCUUUUUUAACUUUCAACCCAGCACCAGCCUUAUCGUUGUAUGUCAAACAUACCCAGGCAGUUCUAUAACUUCAACUUGUAAAUUUAACACUUCAGAAUAUGUAAGUUCAAAUAAACUCUGCAGUUUAUGAGUGCAAAAA